AUGGCAUCGAUCGCACAAGAGAAGUUUGGCAACUUUGACCUCGUCAAAGACAUAAAACUCGAUUUUACCGAUGUUCGCGUCUCAAAGUGGAAGAGUCGAGUGACCGGGCUCAGCGUCGUCCACCUCGAUUACGAAGCUCCCCUGGUUAACGGUUACUUUGUUGUCGCCACCGAAAUCUUUGAUGAUAGUGGUCGUCCCCACACACUGGAACAUUUGGUGUUCAUGGGCUCAGAGAAGUAUCCCUACAAGGGAAUUCUUGACCAUCUGGCCAACCGAGGGUUCUCCAAUGGCACCAACGCUUGGACGGAUACUGAUCAUACUGCUUACACCGUUUCGACGGCGGGAGAGCAAGGACUGCUUCAAUUGCUACCAAUAUACGUGGACCACAUCCUCUACCCUACGUUGACCAAGGCAGGAUACGUAACAGAGGUCCAUCACAUUGAUCCCAAAGGACAAGACUCUGGUGUUGUCUACAGUGAAAUGCAAGGUCGAGAGAACACCUCCGGCGACCUGAUGGCUCUCCAAGCUCAACGGCUUUUGGAUCCACCGGGAAAUGCUUACCGCAGCGAAACGGGAGGGCUGAUGGAAGCUCUACGGGUUUUGAACGUGGAACAGAUUCGCCAAUAUCAUGGCACAUAUUACGUCCCACACAACCUGUCGCUCAUCGUGUCUGGCAAGUUGUCAAGCGGAACAUCCACCCUCUUGUCCGUUAUCCAGGAGCAGGUUGAGCCUAGUUUGAUCGCUCAUGGUCAAAACCUCGGUGCCCGUCCCCCAGGAUGGAAACGGCCAUUUGUAGAAACACCAAGUGCAAAUCGACCUCCGAUCCCCACAACCAUCAAGGACACAGUAGAAUUCCCCGAAAAGGAUGAGAGUGUCGGUGAACUUCUCAUACAUUUCUUGGGACCCCCACCAAAUGCAUUCCUCGAACAAAAGGCGUUGGAAAUUCUGGGCACAUAUCUGACAUCUUCCCCCGUUGCACCAUUAAACAAAGAGUAUAUCGAAAUUGACUCGCCUCUUUGCACCUACAUCUACUUUGGUGAAGACACUCGGUCAACAAAUAUAGUGCUACCCGUUUAUAUAAGCUCUAUCCCGACGGAACAUGUAGACGGCUUCGAAGACAGACUAAAAGCCAGCCUGCAACGGAUCGCAUCGGAGGGCAUUGACAUGGACCGAAUGGCCAUGGUCAUCAAUCGUGAUGAGAGACAGCUGCGAAGCAGGCUCGAAUCGGCCAAAGACGAUAUAUUUUCUGGAACGAUCAUCACCGAUUUUCUCUACGGAGCUGAGGAUGGAUCUGAACUAGGACCCGCUUUAGACGAAAUCCGUUACUACGGCACAUUACGGGAAUGGAAAAGCGAGGAAUGGACGAAAUUACUCGAAAAAUACUUUAUUACCCCAAAUUCCGUCGUUGUUCGAGGCAUACCCUCCGCCAGUCUAGCUGAUAAACUAGAAAAGGACGAGAAAGCGCGCAUCGCUGCGCAAGUCGAAAAACUGGGCGAUUCCGGCCUGAAGAAGGCUGCGAAGGAGCUUGCUGAUGCGAAAGCAGAACACGACAGACCAAUACCGCCCCAGAUGCUCUUGGACUUUGCGGUGCCGAACGUGAAGAGCAUCGCGUUCAUUCCCGUUCAAAGCACACAGGAGCCUGGAACCAGAAGAGCUCCGUCUACCAACCCGAUAGCAUCUCCGACUCUUUCCAAGCACAUACAAGCUGACGGCACACCACUACCGUUCUUCGUCCAGUACGAUCAUGUUGAGUCUGAUUUUGUCACCGUGCAAGGAUUUUUCUCGCUGGAGAAACUCCCGAACCGACUGCGACCUCUCGUAUCCACCUACCUCUCCGCUUUCUUCGCGCUACCAGUCGUAAGGCAAAACGGGGAGCGCCUGUCACACGAAGAUGUUGUUAACAGGCUCGACGAUGAGACUGUUUCAUACGAAGCUACAUUGGGACUUGGCACUGCUUUCGCGGAGAACUUCUAUGUCAGCAUCAAGGUCGAGACGGCGCACUACGAGAAAGCGAUCGCUUGGCUAAGAGACCUGCUCUAUGGCGCCGAGUUCGAUAAAGAGCGGCUACAGGUCACGAUUGCGAAAAUCCAGCAGUCGCUUCCGGAAAUGAAGCGUGAUGGAAGCACAGUGCUUGGGUCGCUGUGGGCAAAUGAGCUUUACGACGAAAACUCAACUUCCCGUGCCACUGCAACAUUACCGCAGCUCGAAUUUAUACCGAAACUUGCGAAGGAGCUCCAGGAGAACCCAGAACAGGUUAUCGCCGACUUGCUCGAAAUACGUCGAUGCGUUGUCGAUCCCGCGGGAAUUCGGUUCUCGGUCACCGGGAAUGUUCUAGCUUUGCAGAACCCUCGGUCUACCUGGGGCAAGUACUUCAGCAGCACACUUCCAGAAACACCCUUGGCCGCUGUGCCUCUUUCGUCUGCGACACUGAGUGCGCUCGGCAAGGAGCCCGUCACCAAGGCUGUUGUGAUGAGUCUACCCACGAUCGAGAGCUCGUAUGUGACCCACUCCACCAAAGCCAUCCGAGGCUUCAACCACCCCGAAUAUCCUGCCUUCCGCAUCGCGCUUGAGGUAUUGAAUGCGACGGAAAGUUACCUAUGGAGGUACAUCCGGGGCUCGGGACUAGCGUAUGGUGCUUAUGUCUCGUUGGAUGUGGAGUCUGGGCUGCUGAGCUUCUCACUGUAUCGGAGCUCAAAUAGCAUGGAUGGCUUCAAAGAGGCAGCAAAGGUGUUGAAGGGACUCGUAGAUGGUUCUAUCGCAUUGGAUGCGCUGACUCUAGACGCGGCCAAGAGCACUGUGGUUUACGGAGUUGCGAAGAAUGUCUCAACUGCAGGACGCGCGGCGGGCCAAUCGUUCAUCAACCAAGCUCUGCGUGGGGUUGGGCAGAACCACCAAGUUGAUUUGCUGGAGAAGUACCAGGACGUAACGACGGCGGACGUGUUGGCGAUUUUCCGCAAAUACUUCCUUGCGCUGUUCGACGCGAGCUCGUCUGUCGCGAUGGUUGUGACAUCACCGGGCAAGGUGGAAAGCAUUGUCGAGGGGCUGACGGAGACCGGGUUCACUGUUGAGAAACGGACGCUAGUAGUUGACCCGUCUGACAUGGAGGUCGACGAGAGUGGGAGCGAGAGCGAGAGCGAUUCAGAUGGUGAUUCGAGAUAG